GGUCUUUGUGUUGUGCGUGGGGUGUCGCCACGUCUCCUGCUGCCCUCCCUCCUCUCGGGGGUCUCGGAGUUUCCCCUCGUGUCGUUGUUAGUUGUUGUCGGGCCCCGCAGGAAGAGGAGGAGGGAGGGAGGAAGACAGCGAUGGCCGGGUCGCUCUCGUUCAAGGAGACGCGGAGCCUCGAGGAGCGCAUCGCAGACUCAACUCAGAUCCGCGCUCUGCACACCAACAAGAUACCCGUCAUCAUCGAGCGUUGCAAGGGUGAGAAGCAUCUGCCCAAGCUGGACAAGACCAAGUUCCUGGUGCCGGAUCACGUCAACAUGAGCGAGCUGGUUAAGAUCCUCCGGCGCCGUCUUGAGCUGGACCCGGGCAAGGCGUUCUUCCUGCUGGUGAACCAGCGCAGCAUCGCGAGCGCCAGCGUGCCCCUGUCGCAGCUGUACGAGCAGCAGCGGGACGCCGACGGCUUCCUCUACAUUGUCUACGCAUCGCAGGAGACCUUCGGCUGAUUCCGAGAGGCACCCCCCCACGUUAUCUUUUUAUGAAUUUUACUAUUCAAUAUCCAUACCAUGUACAGGCCUCCCCACCCCCCUUUUUUUGGGGGGUGGGGGCAAAACCGCUGCUGGAUGAUGCAGAUUUGUCACGUCGUCAAACCAAUAAUGCGUGUACUCUUUGGUUCGGAUGCAGGAGCAGUUCUCCUGCUGUCUGUCUCACCUGAUGACGGUUGCUUGUGUUGCGAUCGAAACGUCGUGAUCUAUUAAUUUUCUACCUACGUGACUUUACCGAAAGAACCAAAGAGAAUGGAUUUCUGCAGUCAGGAAAGCUUCAAAUGAAGAUUCAACAAUGUGUGGUUUUGCUGCAUUGUCCACUACCCGCAGUGCAGUCCCACACACAGCCUGCAACGUUCUGGCACAAUCCUGGCUCCACUCUGCCUUACUUCCGACAUCGGGCACACUCUGGGAAAUUGUAUCAAGAGGCUGAGAAAUCCAUAACGCAAUUGAAACUCACAGUCACCGUUUUGUUUGCAGUGCACAAUGUUGCGCAGUAGGGCCAAAUAGUUAUUCGCUCUAAGUGGUUGUGUUUAAAUCCAUAUAGCAAUAGGUAAUAGCUGUAAGUAGAGAUAAGUAUACACUACUGCUUGUUAUCCAUGGGAGGGUGGUAUGAAACAUACACAACUGGGCUGUCAAGGGUUGUAGAUUGAAAGAUGAAAAGUACACUCUUAUAAACUCGAGGGAUAUUCAUGUUUUAAAUGAGAAACCUAAAAUAAUGUUGAUGCCAAGCAUGAUUAAUUAGUAAUCGGUUCACAAAACUUUUUGGAAAGUGCUGUCCGAUUAAAGCAAUGUGGGCAAUGUCUGCGUCCAGAGAAUUGCUGCUCCACUCAGCUUGGGAUUACGCAAUGCGAGAGUGAUCUUAUCCGCUCGAUAAUGUUUUGUUGCCAUGUAAAUAUAAAGUAAAAACAAUAAACCUUUUUCGGAAUUG